GGCCCACUACCACUACGCCACCAGGAACACAGCGGCAGAUGACCGACUCGUACCUGCAUGCCACUUGCGGACCACCGUGGCCUUGAAGCUCGCAUCAUCGCAGUGGGACCGUAUCCCCUCCGCAUCCGUUGUAGAGCGACGAAUACCGGGCCACUCAGCAUGGCCACCUCCUCCCAUCCUCAGGCAGGGCCAUCGCGAACACAUCUCCCUUCCCUUGAGCCAGCACUCCCGCCACAGCAUUCGCACAUCAGGCCUCCACCUCCUACUAUCGUCAAUCAUAUCCAAGACGACAACGACGACGUCAAAGACGUAGAUGCCCUCGCCGCUGACGAACCAGAGGAGAGCUGUCUCAUCUGUCUCACCUCUCCCAUAAUCGACCGGUCUAUCCUACCCAAUUGCUCACAUUCCCUCUUCUGCUUUCGCUGCAUCCUCACUUGGAUUCAAGUCUCUUCGGCUUCUUACAAGGGGAAGGCUAGACAAGGGUCCCCAGGUGGUGUAGCGGGUGAGGGGGAUGAAGAGGAGUGUAGGUGGGGCAGGUGUCCCUUGUGCAAUCGUGGCAUUGGAAGGUACAUCCUCCAUGCUGUGCGCAGGGGAAGGAGGGGAGACGUCAAUUGGGAACGAUGGUGGCUCAGACGCGGAGAGCAUACUAGCGGGUAUGGUAGGGAGGAUGAAGAGGUGCAAAGAGCAGCUAGAAGAUCCAUACUUGAGGAGCGCAGGCGUAGGAGGUCGAGACAGGAUGGCGCUACCCCUCGCAAUUCCUCGCGCGAUACGACGGGAAAGCAAGCCGACUUGGACUUUGCAAGGCAGAUCACACAGAGGAGGCAGAUCUACUCUCAUGGGAGAUACGCAAAGCACCUCGGCUCCAAUCCUACCACCGGGCUCGGUCCACCUCCCAGCCCCUCCGCUAUACGAGCCAAGCCUCAUCUCCUCUCCUCAGCUCUGCCCUCUUUCCUCCGGCGGGAGCUGCUCGCGCUCCCACUCUGGUCAUCUCCCACUUCCUCCUCCAACUCCUCCUCUUCUACCUCCACUACAGACCCGACGAUGACGGCAACGAGCACCGCACUAGACGUCCCCUUUCUUAUUACCUACCUCCGAUCCCUUCUGCAACAUCUCGAUGUCCGCUCAGAAGGUUUUGUCAAACUCCUUGGGGAAGUCCUCGGAGAUGGACCUAGAGAGAGGCAGUUGGCCGAGCAUUUUUCCCAUGAGUUGGGAGUGUUUCUCAGAUUGGGAGCGAGGGGAAACGUAAAGAGGUUUGAUGCGGUGGUUGCUUAUGAUGUCGAUGGCGAAGAAGAGGCGGAGAGGGUGAAUGGGACAAGGGAGCGAAGAGCUCGCGACGAGGGGAGAGCCGGUAGCAAGAGGCAGCGAGAGAGCAGCAGGGAGCAAACCUCGGGGUAUGGCCCUGCAAGAGGCCCUUCUCUAUCGCCUAGACCUCAGAUCACGGCUCCAGAAGAGGGAGGCCAGGCUUUCCCAUCAGAGAGGGUGAGCCUCUCGCCCUCCCCCUCUUCCUCUCCUCCUUCGGCACCCCCGCCCCCGGCCCCAGAUAGACAAGAAAUCAUCUCCAAGCGCUCCCUCCUUCUACAGCGACUCGCCGCCGCCUCCGCAGAGCAGAGGGAGCGGGCACUCAAGGAGCAGUUGAGGGUUGCUGUAAAGGCAAAGGGGACUGCUAAAGGCCUGGACGGGAAUGAGGCUGGGGUCAAGCCAGCAGACGAAGGAGGAGACUCGAUUGAUGAGGAGAAGAAAGAGGAGCACAGAGCAGCAGCAGCAGCAGUCGCAGAUGGCGGCAGCACUUCUCCGAAUCAACAGCGCGAAGAGGAGCUCAGACGCUCCCUCGUGGAAGCCAGGACGAAUAAGGCAAAAGCGAAGGGGACGUUAGCGGCGGCACGUCUUGUUGAUUAGACUAUAGUGGACUAGAGUGGAGAUACGUAAUACACUACUACUGGGCUGGUACUACUGACCUCUGCCCUCUUUCGUGGAACGAGGUUAGUGCUUCCUCACAAAACAUUUCUUUUCGGGAUGUCUUGAUAUGCUUCAUUCAUUGCCUCAUUCAAAUCUGCUCCACU